CGAAAAUAAUACACGUUUAACAAAAGGAACCUUCCUGCUGAUUAGUUCCCGGACGGACUUUUUUAUCGAACGCACUCAUUCGGUCACUUUUUUUCUGGCUUGCUCUUACUACUUUGCCAUGGCUGUUACUUUGCACACAGACCUGGGGGAUAUUAAGAUUGAAUUAUUUUGUGAGCGUGCUCCAAAGACUUGUGAGAACUUUUUAGCAUUGUGUGCCAGUGGCUUUUACAAUGGUUGUAGCUUUCAUAGAAACAUAAAAGGCUUCAUGGUACAAACAGGAGACCCUACAGGCACAGGCAAAGGAGGAACAAGUAUAUGGGGGCGCAAAUUUGAAGAUGAGUACAGUGAACACUUGAAACAUAACGUCAGAGGUGUAGUGUCAAUGGCAAACAAUGGACCCAAUACAAACGGCUCCCAGUUUUUCUUCACAUACGCCAAGCAACCACAUCUGGAUAUGAAGUACACUGUUUUUGGAAAAAUUAUUGAUGGCUUUGAAACACUGGAUGAGUUGGAGAAACUACCUGUUAAUGAGAAGACUUUCAGACCACUGACAGAGACUCGCAUUAAAGAUGUGACCCUUCAUGCCAACCCUUUUGCUGGGUAGACCUAGGCCUCGACAUAUAAACACAUUGAGGACUGUUUUGUGCAUCACUAUGUAUUUUGUAAAUAUUUGCCAUCGUUUUGUAUUAAAUGGGACGUUUUUAA